AUGAAUAUCCGUCUCAUCGGAUUCAGUGUAGUUGCGAGGUCACGACCACCGGGUGUCGCUAUAUUCACAAAGACACGAGGGAAUUGUAUUUUCUGUGUGACCAAUAGACGAGUUCAUGCAAAUCAGUUCUGAGGACACAAGCUUUACUACUGGAAACACAGAAGUCACCCGGCACACACGAUCUCUGCAUCCUUGCAAACACACAACAAGCCCGUCUCCGCUCUGGAUAUUGUGGGACACCAAGCCGCUCGGAUGUGCAAUAUGACUUUUGAAGAAAACAGUGGAGAUAAUUCUUCAGAAAGGAUGGAAUCGGUGGCUAAAGCAUUAGAGGAGGUGCUGAGCUCUGCAUUGCCUCAGGGUUGCAUCACUGUUGGAGUCUAUGAGGCAGCAAAGUCACUAAAUGCGGAUCCAGACAAUGUGGUGUUGUGUCUGCUGGCCACAGACGAUGAGGAGGAUGUGGCUCUGCAGAUUCAUUUCACCUUAAUCCAGGCAUUCUGCUGUGAGAAUGACAUCAACAUCCUGCGGGUGAGCAACAUGAGGCGUCUGGCAGAAAUCCUUGGUGGAGUGAAACCUGGAGGGGAGCCUAUGGACCUGCACUGUGUGCUAGUUACUAAUCCUCAGUCGUCACUGUGGAAGGACCCUGCACUGAGCAAAGUGAACAGAUUCUGCAGAGACAGCCGCUGUUUGGAUCAAUGGGUGCCUGUCAUCAACCUGCCCGACCGAUGAAUCAGUUUGGAAUAUUAAUGUAUUGUGUGCAUUGGGGGAAACGUAACUUCACAAGGCCUGUGUUAAUGUCUGUGUUGGAUUCCUUUGGAAAGUGCCCGAGAGACAGAGAAAGGAGGGGCAGAAAAAAAAAAAGAGCACAGGGAAGAGAAACGUUCCAACAAAUUUACCAGGUCAGGGUGAACGAGGGCCAACGAAGAGUGACUCAGCAGUCUUGGUUCCAUGAUUUCCAGGAUUGCCUUUCUCUGCCGAGAUAGACGCCUUUACAGGAAACUGAAUCAUGUGAGCGGACAAGCACACGUGGUGGGGAGCACAAGCGCAGGACUGGAGAAAAGCAGGAAGAGAGCCUCAGUUGACAAGACUCCAAGAGCUGGACCACAGUGGAGUGGACCAGUCAGGGCUCUCUGCUUGAAGAAUUCCUCAUGAAAAUUUGACCACAUCCAAGAAUUUCUUUUAACAGCACAUUUUUAUUUAAUAGUAUUUAAGACUUGUCACUUUGAUAACUCAAAAAGGAAAAAGUUUCACAAAUUGAUUGUUAUUAUUAUCUCAAGGGCAAUGCAAUGUUUGGACUUGUCCACUAACUGAUGUUUUUAUGUUAUUAAUUUAAGGAAUUAUAUUUAUUGUGCAUAGUUCAUGGAAUUUUGUUAAGUUGAAUGAAAUAAACAAACAAACAACAACAGUUC